GCCAUGGAGAACCUAGCGCUGCUGUGGGGGAUCAUCGGGCCGGGCGUGGCCGGCGCCGUCUUCGGCGCGGGCUGGUGGUUCUGGGUGGACGCCGUCGUCUGCAGCGCCGUCCAGAUCUCCUUCCUCCACUACCUUCCUGGGAUCUUCGCGUCGCUGGCGGCGCUCAUGUUCAACUGCGUCAACAAGGAUGAGAUCGGAUACGACUAUUACUCGCCCUACGGGGACGAUUCCGAGUGGAGAGUGAAGCUCUGGCUUUUCGUGGCAUAUGUCGUUUCGUUUGUCUGCCUAGCUGGGUCUGUGGGUUUGUUGGUUCAAGAUGCGCUGACUGACAAGGGUCCAUCUGUCUGGACCGGUGUUGCUGGCGUUCUGCAAUGUGUUCUUGUGUUGAUAAGUGGGUUGAUAUAUUGGACGUGCCACUCUGAGGAUUAAGAGUCAAAAACUCGUAAUGUUCUGGGCAGACGUGCAAGGUUGGUCUUAAUCUUGUGAAAGAAAAAAAUAUAUCUACCAGUGUAUGAUUUUGUUUGAGGAAAAUCAUGUCCGUUAGUGUGGAAAGAGUAAAUUUUUCGUCUGUGCA